AUGAGCGAAGAAAAUACUAUUCAAAUAUCAGAUGAUGUCAAUGAAAUAGUGUCACACAACUCACGUGAUCCGCACCACGCGCACAAUGGAAAACAAAUAUCUUUAGUAUCAUUAUCUCCUAACGGUACAUAUAUCGUCACAUAUAGCGAAGAUGAUAAAUCAAUUGAAGGAUGGAUUGUAGAUAAUUCUAAACUGAUCCCAGAUUCUCAAGUAAAUGUACCAGAAGAAUCAAAGAAAAUUUUUAUGAUUAAAGUAAAUGAUAGUAAAAUUGUUUGUUUUUUGUGUAGAAGGAAUCAUGAAGUUUGUGUAGAAAUCUUUCAAAUUUCAAAUGAACAUCGUCCAUUUAAACUUAAUCCAAAACUUAAAAAGUGGCAACCUACAAUUUUUUUCCAAAAAAAUGGCAAUCUUGUAAUAAAUACCUCUUUUAAAAUAUUAAUUUAUUCUCCACAUGAUGAAAUAAACGAUGAGCUAAUUUUAAUGUCAUCUUGUGAAAUAUCAAAUAACAAAGGAAAUUUUAUUGAUGAGGAUAAUAAUGUAUGGGCUAUUUCUUCAAAUUAUUUAUUUCAUUGGGAUUUAGAAACAUCACGAUUGAAAUUUAGUUAUUCGCUUGGGUUUACGGCAACUCAUAGUAAAACUAAUAACAAGUUGACGGUAAUGUCUAAAGGAAAUUAUAUUUUGGUGAAACAUUAUGAUGAAAUUGCAAUCUUUUCAAAAGGUGUACAUUUUCCAAUUCCUUUUAAUUCACCUGAAAAAUACACAAUAAAUAUAAUAUAUGAUAUAACUGAUAUAUAUGAUAUAAUUGAUACCAAUAAACAACCCGUAGAUGCAUCAAGGAUGUUUAAUGAUGAAAACUCUGAGAACGACUACAAGAAUAAGUUUAUUCUUUGUGAAUAUAAUUCAGGAUCAAAGAAAGCAUUUGGACUAGUUGAUGGAAAAAUUUCAUGCAUCAAUUUAUCAGAUUUAAAUUGGCAUGAUUUUUAUGAAUCUCAUAAGGGAGAAGAUGAUUUUAUCGGUUGGAAUAAUUACUUGUGUCAGACGGCUUUCGAAAAGAAUUAUUGUAAUGAUACCUUAGCUUUUCCUGAUAUGGAAAGUAUUAGAUCUUUAUUUUCUAAAGAACAUAAAAAUAUUCAACAAAUAAACUUUGAUAAUCAAAAAUAUAAAUGGAAAAUAAGUCAGACAACCAAUAAACUCUUAGUUUAUAUGGAUGAAAAAGAAUUGUGUUCAAUAAAUAUUUUUAAAAAACAGAACUCUUCGAAAUUUCAGGAACUGAAAUGGAAAAUCCUUAAUAAUAAUGCAUUAGCAUUACUAGAUAAUAAGACUAUAAAAAUAUUUGAAUAUAAUAACAAUAAGGAGAGUAUUAAAAUUCAAUAUAAAUUUCGCCGAAAUAGUGGACUAAAAGUCAAAGAAUUUUCUGGACCUAUAUUACCGAUAAUGAGUGAUGUAAAAAAAGAUUUCUUAAUUGAAAUCAUUAGCAGUAUCAUUGAAGAUGAAAGAUGCCUUGCGAAAUAUGGACCAACUUUAUUACCAAAUUUAAUAAAGUCGUCUGAUCCAGAAUUAACUCGUUAUAUAAAAGAUAUUUAUAACAAAUGCAUGAAACUUGUUAAAGAAGAUCCAAAAAGAAAUCUGAAAUUUCUCAAUAUUAUAACUUCCUCUAUGAAUGAUUUACAUAAAAAAUAUCCUGAUCACAUAACAAAAUUCAAUUCUGAAAUGUUUAUGUUAUUAGACCCUUUUAAUGAAAAAAUUGACGAUAAUGAUUAUUCACAUUUUUAUCCUUUUUGCCAAGAAAUAAAAAUUGGUAAACAACUUAUACAAUAUGAAUUAAAUUUUAAAAUUUUAUUGAUUUUAAUAUCGUUAUUAUUUUUACCAUUUACAAUUAUUUUAAUUAUUUUAUUUUUAAUAUAUAUUUUUAUAACAUAUCGAAAAUAUACAAUUAAAUUAAUUAAAUUAGUAAUAUUUCAACUAUUUCUAAUAUUUCAACGCGAUCAAUCUAAACAACGCAAACAACAAAUUGUUCUUAUUGUGCCCUAUAUAGAUUAUUGUUAUUAUCCAUUUGAAUAUAGUGGGUGGAAAGAAAUAUUUUAUCCUCAAUCGAGUGUUUUUACUGAUACUUGUAAAAAAGAAUUUUAUACGAGUUGGAAUGGUGAAGCAAUUAUUAAUUUUAAAUGGAAUACAUUUGGAAGGAUAUAUUAUUUUGUUAUUUGGCUAUUAUUUAUGGUUUUUCUUGUAUGUUUCACAGUUGCUUCUUAUCCUACACUUUCUAUAACUCGAGAUGUUCGUAUUAAUCUUUAUCAAACUUCGAUUGCAUUUGGAUUUUUUCAUAUUAUAUUUGAAUUAAGACAAUUUAUCUGGAAUCCAAAAAAAUAUUUUUCAAGUAUUUGGAAUUUAUUUGAUAUAAGUGCGUAUCUUUCCGUUACUAUUACAUCAAUUUAUUAUAUUAAAAAUGAUGUUACAGUUGUUACACCCGAAUGGGCACUAUCAAUUUCAUGUUUAUUAUUAGAUUUAAAAUUUUUACUUUUCUUUAAAAUAUUUGAAUCAUUUGGUGUUUAUUUUGCAAUAAUUUUUGGAGUAGCUAAACGUGUAUUUUCCUUUUUGGUAGUAUUGGCAAUUAUUAUUUUAAGUUUUGCACAUGCUUUUUUUUUACUUUUACAUCCUGAAAAGCUAUUAGAUUCGUUAAAGGCACAAAAUCCAAAUGAUUCAAAUAAUCCUUGGACUCUUUCUAAUACUUAUAAUCAAACUGAUGAAAAUGGAAAAAUAUUAAAUGAAACCCUUAUUCAAGUACCUGGUGAAAAUACAAAUUUAUUUUAUUCAUAUUCCACUUCUCUUCUUGCAACUUAUUUAUUUUUAACAGGUAGCCAAAAUUCAUUUUCACCUUGGUCACCUGAUCCAACAUCUAUUGGAAAUUUAUUUUAA